UUGUUCAGCGCAAAAAUGGCAGACGACCAAACGGAGUCGUCGGAUCAGCGUGAAGGAAAUAACGCCGAUUCAUUUUCUCUGACCGCUAUAAAGGAGGCCGUGGACGAGUUGUACGAAUUUCGAGACAACUAUUACGUGAAAAACCCCAGCGCAUCUGAAAAGCAGAAAAGUGACGAUGUUGACGAGAGGCUCAGGAAGAUUGUGGACACAUUAGACGCACAAGGAGGAGUGCUAGAAAAAGUGGACAGAGCAAAAUUUCAUAUGCUGAAAGGGAAGGCACUUAACAUACAAGAAGACUACAACCCAGAUGCACAUGAAGCGCUUUCCAAAGCUGUGAAGCUCAAUCCUAAACUGGCAGAAGCAUGGAAUGAGCUUGGUGAAUGCUACUGGAAAAAGGGACAGAUUACCAAGGCGCGCAACUGCUUUGAAGGUGUUCUGAAAGUGACAAAGGACAAAGUGUCACUGCGAAACCUUUCUAUGGUUCUUCGACAAGUUGGUGAAACAGAAGAGGAGAGGCUUAACAAUAUCUGUGAGAGCGUUGCAAAAGCUAAGGAGGCAUUGCAGCUUGAUAUCACUGAUGGAAAAACUUGGAGUAUUCUUGGUAAUGCAUACAUGACAGUCUUUUUUUCUGGUGCACAAAAUGUCAAGUCACUUCAGCAGGCUUUGGCAGCAUACUCCAGGGCUCUUGAAGACCCACGAAUGCACUGCUCCUCUGAGCUGUAUCACAAUCAUGCUGUGGCUUUGCAAUAUGAAGAGGACUACCAGGGGGCCUUGGGGCAACUGGAGCGUGCAUGCUCCUUAGAGCCCCAUUGGGCCGAACCUCGAGAGAAAGCGCAGAACUUGACGGCAUACUUGCAACGACUGGCGGACGCCGUUUCACAUAAGGGUCAUCUUAAGCCACGCAAGAUAAAGGCUUUGCUAAGGGACCUCAAGGUGCAGCCGCUAGCAGGUCUUGAGCCAGCCAAGUUGAAAGAGCUACGGCCAGGAAAAAACACUGGCCGCCUGCUCACUGUCAAAGUGGCCUGCAGUGUCCUCUCACAAGAACGCUUUCCAUUCACCAUGUGUGCUUUGGAUGAAGAUGCUUCCUGUGUUGCUGUGAAUGUCUACAAUAUGGCUGAUGGACGGGGAUUUGUUGUUGGAGACUCUGUUGUGAUUCGUGAGCCAAGUUUACGUCAUAUUCAAGUUAAUCAUAAAGGCCAUGAGCUCAGCCUCGUUAGCAUACGUGUUGACUCCCCAUUGGACCUUAUUGUCAAUGGGAAAGUCAUGAGCAGUGAGAGCAGAGCACCUCUUCGUCUUCAAGUUGUAAUCAAGAAAGACUAGUGCCAUGUGUUCUUGUACUAUUGUCUAGCUGAAGUUUUAUAGGAACAAACAUUGAGCAACCGGCUGGCCGGUUGAUAACUGUUCCAUGUGCUGGCGGUUACUUUUGCAACUGCAGUACAGUGAUGAGAGGCCGUGUUAAAACUUUUUGCAGAGUUGAUCGCUGUCCGUAUAUAUCAUGGCCACAUGUGCUUUAUGGUGAUGAAGUUUAAGGAGAAGCUUUAACUCGGGGCCAGCUCCGAUUUUCCUAUUCACAUACUACGUGUAAAAUACAAAAAUGAGGCAACCACUAGAGUCGUUUGAAGUUUGUCGCAUUUGAGAGUGGAAGUUAAAUUCUAGGAACUGCAGGGAGCAGAAUUUUUAUGUGGGAGCUCGUACUGUUUACAAAUUUUCCUGAAAAUUUUCAGGUUAAAAGAAUUGAGGCUCAAAGCUUAUACAUUUUUAAUUCUACACCAAAAACAGAUACUAUUCCAGCUUUGUAAAGAGCCUGUAUGGGAGCAUUAAAAGCUGACAACUUUUGGUACUGUGUGAGUUUACAGCUAACAAAACGUUACAAUGCUUACAAGGUUUUUGUGAAAGUGCUGAUCAUAAAUUCGGAAUAGUACUAUAAUUUUAAGAGCUGUACAUAAAAAGAGAGCAGAUGUGCAUAACCUUGGAAGAUCACAGCCAUGUUUCGAUCAUUGUGGUUGCUUUUGAGCAGUUUUAUUUAGAAUAUAGUUGGCCUGGUAUGAAAACAUGUACAGUUGAACCUACUUAUAAUGCUAUUUAGCUGCCACAAAAAUUUUCUUUAUACAACUGACUAUUGUUAUAAUUGGUUACAAAAAAAGAAAGUUACAGUUUCAUCCGUAGGAUGAAGCAUUUAAAGUGAUAACAAUGCAGUAGACAACUUUUUGCUUUUUUUUUUUGGUAAGGUUAGUAGUAAGGUUUGUAGCUUUAUUGGCUCCAUAUAUGGCAGUAAACAUUUGCUUAGUAAUUUAAUUUGCAAGCAUGGUGUUACGUGUGCACAGGCAAACAUGAACGCACUUCACUCAAUAACCAUGAACAGUAUCACAAUACAGUAGACUCUUAGUAAACGGAAAUCUAUGAAAUGGCAUUGCUGCUUAAAUAGAAAAGCUGCCUCUAAUAUGAUUGGUUGCGUACUUUUACUCUGCACCCCUGUUCAUCUCUCGGUAAAUGGAACUCCUGUUAAAUGCAACUUAUUUUCCUGGUCAUUUAGGGUUCUGUUUAACCAGAGUCUACUGUGCUGGCAUGAUGAACAGUGCAAUCGAAAGUGAGCAAACACAUGGGGUUGUUUUCAAACUCAAGGUUAACACUGGCACAGUUCACACCGUAGUACAAACCAACACGUAGGUAUUUAUUAGCACCUUUUACACAAGCCUGCCAGCUGAAUCAUACUGAUAACUAAAGUAACACGACAAAUAGCACAAUAGAAUUCCAAUGUAACACACAGAUGAGACAACAUAACACACAAUGUAACCUGAAUGCGGCAUUGGCAACAUUGGGCUCGUCAUGGGAGGGAGUUCAUACGGACGAGCUGCGGAAUCGCGCCACAGAUCUUCUCACGAGAGACAACCAUCCGCCAAGGGCCAAAGAGGGAGAGCCUUGCACAGGCUCUCACUCUCUUGCACAGCGGCGACUAUGCCGACAUUAGUGUCUCGCAGUGAAGCCGGCCCUCAAGAUGCCUGGGUGCCAUGAGGCAAGGCAACUUAACAGGGGAAGCAAAUAUCCCCGCAGCGCAUUGCAGAGUGCUCCUCGCUUCUGUGAUAUAACGUGCAGAGACAUGACACAUAAACUGACCACCCAUCUUAGCUCACUCAGCCUUCGCACUCACCGCAGAUGUAAUGCGAGACAGGGCGUGCAGGCUGUUCUUUCAGUUAGCCGCUGUGACUGUCACAGCACGAAGCAAUGACUCAGCUGCUCCCAGCCGGGCUGAAAUAAUGGUUUCCACGUUGGCAAAAACUCUUAUUUCUGCAACAUGUAAGGGAGCAUGGCUCAGUGUUGGGGGAAGGGUGAGAGAAGUGAGUGGGAAAGAGACCACCUUCUCAAGCACCAGGUCGGUAUACCUGUCUCCCCAUUAAAUAGAACCUGUGGGUGCCCAGCAGUGCUUCGAAGCGAACCCAGUGCCUCCCGCAUUGGAGGUGGACGUUCUAAUCAGCUGCCCGCUGCUGCGGUUAACCAGGCUGAGUUGAGGGCAUACGCACACUUCACCUCCCCAUUCCAUGCUUGCACACUCUCUAAUGCGCUUUUCCUCAAUCCCGCAGGUUACUGCACACAGGGUGUAAUAUGAUAUUAUUGCACUUGGACUUUAUAUGGAACAUGAGGGUGACAGAAAAUUUUCACUUGGAUGAAUAAAAUUAAUAUCACAAUAAAAAAAGACAUCCAUGGGAAUGGCAUCUCUUCUAGCUGCAGAUCGUGUUGACAUGUUUAACGCUAAAAUGGCCCUUGCUUCAUGCAUGAUGUAGCAGAUGACAGAUGAUGUGUGGGCCAUAUACGUUUUGGGAACCUACGUGUGCAUGCAUGUAGGUUCCCAACCAACAUUUAGCCACCUUGCUAAAUGCCAGUAUGACACGACAAACAGUCUUGCAGUUUGAUGUAAAGAUGGCUUUACAUGGCAAGCAUUGUGACAUUUUUCAGUGGUAACAUGUUGCAGCCAACUGAUGUGCUCGCACAUAUCAGCCAUGAAGGAAAAUGAAGAAACAGGAAGCUAAUACACAUGACAUCUUGAGAAUUAAAUGGGAUGGCUUUUCAAACAAGAGUGGGAUGAACAGGAAUGAAUCAACAAUGUUUCACUGUACUUGUUUAAGUAAAAUUUAGCUGAAGUUAAAUUCCCUUAACCCACACACUUUCGAUUUGCAUGCACAUUUUCCUUAACCUGUACCUUACUCCCAUAAAAUACAAUAAAGAUACUUUAUUUAGAUCACUGAGGAACAGUUAGCAAAUUUCACCAUUGUUUAUUAAUGGAUUACGGAGCUGACAGCUUUGUAAAGUCUUUUAUGUUUUAUUUUCAACAAUGUUUGUGAAAAAUUUAUAGCCUAAAUUAAAAAAAAAACUGCUUCCUACAGCCACUAGAUUUUACCUCUUUGUAUAGAAUGCAACAGACCUUAUCAAAUUCACUGUCGUGGAUGUUGUGCAAAACAAUUGCCCCAUUCCCAUGUAUAGGAGCUCACGAGGUAAAGCUUCCUCUUACGAAGAUGUAAGUGUGCUGUUGUAUUAUGUUGUUAAAUAGCUUGGAAUGAGAGCACGGUGAGGAUAGUGAAGCUUUCGUUAUAGCUUUUAGUAGGUAUAAAUAUUGGCAUCAAAGGUGCUUUCUUUUUCUUCAGUGUUGAGCUUACUAGCUGGUAGGCAACAAGGAAGUUGUUUGACCUGCAUGUUCAUUACGCAACUGCUGCUUGUGUUAUGAGAAAAAGGCUGUUCGCUAAGUGGCUCCCUUUGCUUGCACCUAAAUAGUGUACAGUAUGUCCCAGCUAACUUGCACUAAGCCUUGCAGGAAUGAAGAAUUCUGUACUUAUGGAAUGGUUGGGCUUCUUUCGCUGUUUACAGUAAUGUAAGAAAUGUAACUCCUGACAUUGUGUGAAGUGUUUUGAGUGUUUGAGCAAAAUGGUUUUUAAAAAUGGUUCUAAUUUUUAUUUUUCAAAAAAAGAAGCAGGAGGGUUAGUCAGCGUACUUGUCUGAGAUUGUGGUUAAGAGAAUGAACAGAUGUGUGCAUGUUUUGUAUGGUAGUACAGGGCUUUGCUAAAGGUACAAGCCCACUCCAUGGUUCUUUGGAAAGUAAGAAUUUGACAGCCUGUUCAUUUCUAGUUAGGCCAGAUAGCCUGUGAACGCUUGGCAGGAAAAUGGCCAGGGUCUGCUGCUCACUAGCAUGUGAGGGGCAGCUGUAUGUAAAAAUGUGCCAUGGUCAGUGUUGCCAUAUUUUUUAACGUAUGUUGCUAAAUUGAGACUAUGAACUCUCUAAAUAUCCGCUGACAAUUACUCCUGCUUUGUCACUAGAACUGUUAAGUGAAUUUCAAAUAAUAUUUUGUAACAUUAUAUGGUUUACAAUAACGUGGUGUAGACCACCUACUGGCCACUUUCAUGUUUCUUUCAUGUUUGUGCAGUUUAGGAAGGAACAGCGAAUUCACUAGCAAAGUGUAGAGGGCUUUCACAUUACUAGCAUUUUUAUAAUAACUGAUAAUAAUAGCUGACACCUUGCAUUUUCCUUCAGAUUGCAAGGUUACAAAUAUCAUGCUUCCAUGCCUGGAUUUACUUUGAAAUUCAAUGCAGUACUAAUUUGUCUUAGCGACAUGAGAAACAGAAGUGAUGUCUCAGAUUCUUAUGAAGCCCAGGCACUCUAAUAUCUAUGCCUCUGCACGGUAGAUGUUUCUUAUUAGGCGUAUAUUGUGUCAUAAAUGUCCUCAGAAAUAUUAUCGGAAUGCAUUUCGGUACAUUUAUUAGCUGGUGCGGUGGAGAAUGUUGACCAGUCAAGCGUAUUUAGCAAAACUGCAGGAUCCACCAUGUUAGACCCAUUCAAACUGGUUCUGUGAGAGUGCGUUCUUUAAGAAUAUUUUUGAAGCAUUCCUAACUUGUGAGUUGCUAAAACAUCAGCAGUUGUCCUGUGAUGUCACUAAAGAGGAGAGAGGCUUUAAAUCUAAUUGCACACUUCCUAAAAUGUGAGCCCUGGCCCUGGUCACAGUUCAUGUUGCUUGCAUGGAUGGCAGAAUGUGGGUACUACUUGAAGAACAUGAUGCCAAGGUAGAGCCUGAUAGCCAGCUUGCAUUGCAUUUUCACUUUGGGGGGCACUGGAAUUGCAUAUGCAGUUUUCUUGUAAGCAGUGUUUCAAAUUGAUUGAACUACUUCAAGUGCAUUUGAAUGGCCGUUAUUUAGUGAGCCUUUUUUAAUAGCUAGUGUCUCAGAGGUACUAAAGAUAAUUUUAGCAUUUGCAGUAGUGCAGCGAUCUGAAAAUGAGCAAUUGUCUUGUGAUUAGUACCUAUCAAGUUGAACAGUGUUAAGUAGAAUUUAUUUUUAGUGCUACUAUAUGUGCAAACUUCUGCAUAAAAUGUUCCCAUUGCUAGUGGUUUAUGACUGUGGUAGUUGGCCACAGUAAAGUAAAAAGUGAUAACCACAGAUGAACCUGCUUUUCAUGGUUCUGGUUUUCAUGGUUUCAUGGUUAAAGCAUAACCUUUAGAUACUGUUUUUGCAAAGGCCACUCUAAAUCUCUCUCAAUAGCUUACUGUUGCCAAUAAAUUUGGCAUGAAGUUAGCAUUAGAAAAGGAAGGUUUAGGUAUGGAUUUUGAUGUGCUUAGCAGUGCCUAUUUGGUUCAAAGGUUCUUUGAGGUGUUGGAAGAGAGCUGACUGGGGACAUUUACAAUAUUAAGUAGCAGAUGAAAAAGGAAUAGCUCCUCAAGCUUGUAGGAUUUCUGGAGUAGCCAGAACAUCAAUAAUGGAGUGUAUCAUGUGACUUUGUUUAUAGUUUUUUAAUAUUGCUGUGGGAAUGUGCUGUUUUUUUAUUUCUUUUUUUGAGGUGUUAGAAGUUUGUACAGAUUACUUGUGGUGAGCUGAAAUUUUUGUUUUAUGAAUUUCUUCUUCUGAUGACGAUAGGUAAAUAGGCAUAUAUAAAAGAUUGUGUUCAUUGGUUUAACAUGCUUGUGCAUGAGGCCUGCUACAGAUGUGCACUAGCUCUAGGAAAUAUUGCAGCUUGUCCACAUAGCGUGGAAGAGAAAAAUGCAGUCUCAUUAAGACCAGACAAGGUUUGUCACAACUGCAGGAAUUAUUGUUAGAUCUGGUAGUUAGUGCUGCAGCAUAUGAACAUUUGAUACAGUCUAAUGUGGUAAAGAAAAAAAAUAAAAAGCUCUAAAUGAUUUCAUUGCAGAGAUGCUGUGGUUCUGUUGGGCUGACAGUUAAAUUUUUUAAUGGAUAUGAUAGGUGUGAGAGAGGCUGUUGGCACUUCAGAAAGGGUACAUGGGGAAAAAACUCAAUGAAAAGGCUGCUAUUUUGGUUAUUUUGUAUAGUUAUUUUGGUCACAAAGGUCAUGGCUAAUACUACAUUUUGUUAGCCUCUUGUACAAGCUAGUGACACAUAGUGGUAUCCCAGUAGUUUUGGGCUGAAUACUUUCAUCAUGGCUGGUGCAUAUGUGCUGGUGUUAGUAUUCAAAAUGAAAUCUUGUGUUGAGUUUUGAUGUACCUUAUUAUUUUUUUUUUUGACUCUUGAGUUACCUGGUAGCUCUAGCAGGUCAAGUUUCUCUGUUGUAUAAGUCGAGCAGAUCUCUGUAUAUGUUGGUAAAAAAUUAUUUUCAGCAAAUUGCUUUUCUAACCAGAGAUGAGCUGUGCUUUUCAACUCAGUUCUUGCCGUGUGUUUGAGUUUCAUUGCUCGAACAUAUUAUUCUAAGUUUUAGUUUCCUUUUGUUAUUAUCGGUUAAGAUAAUUAUUCUAGCCUUGAAUAUGUGCUAAAUGAAAGUAUUUUCCAGAGCAGGUGUCUUUCACUGUAAUACUUUAAGGGAAUAUUACAGGCAAACUACACAUGUGUUUUGAACCCAGGUAUAAUGUACAAGACCUUGCUGGAAUGAAAAAAAAAAAAAAUAAAAAAAAAUAGGAAAUUUUGUGCACUUACGAAAAAACUUGUGAGUUAAAGGGUUAAGCACGUCCACACCUCUUUAGGUAUUGCUUUAUACACAAAGCACAUUAAGUACUGUUUGCAGUUUGUAAGAGGCUGAUGUAGAGUCUGAUGUGCAACAACGCUGCUUAUGGAGAAAGUUUUUUUAUGUACCAUGUUCGCUGUGCACAAUGAGAACAAGUGUGGCCUGUUGUAAAAUAUUCUUAUGUAGUUGUGUAGAGCACAACUGCAGUUAAGUUCUGCACAUACGUACUGGCCAUGACAUUAGGUACAUUUUGGGCACUCUAAGCUGUGUGCAAGGGCAGUGCUGUUGCAGAGGUAGGCAAUUUCUGAUUCUUUGUGAAAUUGCUGCUUUGCAGAAAGAGAAUGGUGGGUUAUUUCUUGCUGGGGGUGACCAGUGAAUAGAGACAACAGUUGGGCGGUCAUGGUGUGCGUUUUUUUAAUGUUAUUUCAUGUCCAUUCUGUUGUCGAAAAGAUUUCAGCACGGAAGAAAAUUUGUCCAAACCAAAUUCUAUUCAACCAUUUUCUUAACACCACAAGCAGAAUGCUUCUACUUGCUCCAACUCCGACUGCUCUGUCCACCAUUUGACAGGGCAUGUUUUCCCAAUAUUGUCUUAACUGUGAUGUAUCCGUGUAAAUAACACAUGUUUGUGCUAGAAUAUUUUAAAAACUUAUUUCUUCUUUAUCACUGUCAUUGUCUUGUGACACGAUAUGUUUUGUCGCCUUGCCUUUAAACACAGUUGUUUUUUUUCUGCUUCUCACUGUCAUACUGUCAAAUGAGCUGGUCACAGUGUUGCCUUCGUGCUUGUAUUUUAGUGGUAGUCAGAAACAGUGCAGUACAGUUUCUUUUUAUCGUUUUCAUCACUCUUCUUUAUGUACUGUUUUGCUGGGCAAUUGUUAUUUUCACUUGUGCCUUGACGAUUGUAAGUAGGGUGCGUCUUGCACAUACUGGAAAAGCAGGCAGUAUGUCAUCUUGCAAAAUUUUGAGUUUUGUACAUAGAUUGUAUGCCCAAAAAAUGUGUGUAGGCACUUUGCAUAUUGUGAAGCAUCGUGGGGUACUUUGCAGGUUAUACAUUUUUGUUGCUUGAGAAUUUUUUCCAGAUUACCAUAUUCUUAUUAUAUUUGUUCUUGUUCUGUGUGUAAAAACUGUAAGGCGAGAAAAACUUCCUGUACUGUUGCUCCUUGCUAAACCACUCUAUGGUUUUCUUUUUUUAUGAGAGAAAGCUUCUUGAUAUUAAACAGUUUUGCAGCCAAAUGGGCUUUGAUAGACGGUGCCCUUAUACAUAUAUAACCUGGAAGCAAAGUUGGAAAAUGGGGUUACUCUCCAGACAAGCUAUCAUAAGUAAAGCAGAGAAAUGACCCGUUAAUCAAGGCGACAGACUGAAAUGUUAUGUAUGCGGAGAUUAUGCAGAAAGCUGCUGGAACCACUACAUUGUUUGAAUAUACCAAGAAGCUUUUGAUGUGUAACCAUUAAAAUAUUUGACAAGCUUUGACUAGGGAUAGCUGCUCGCUAUUUCUGCAUGUGUCACUGUGGUCAAUUAAGAGAUGCAGCCUGUAUUUAGCCUAUUUCCAUUGGGUUUUGUUAGUCUGUGCACAUUUCAUGCCACUGGCAUAUCAUUUGGAGGGCCAAUCUCAUCUGUGCAAUGAAAAGCAUUUUGUAUUGAAUUUUA